GUACUUUGAUCAAGAGAUUUACUCAGGCAGGUAGAAUUGCUACUGCUCCAUGACGAUGUGUGAUAUUCUUUAAUUUAUUGUCUUCGGAAACAUUAUGUGUGUUGGAGAAUGGAUGUUUUAUGAUACGAGUACAGCAUUGAUUUAAGAUUAAAUGGCCCCUCAAGGAAAAGGAUUCACUGAUGGAGUGAAAGAGGGGGAGAAGCAGGUUGAUCAACAAACAGACACAGGGGAGACUACCCACAAAACAUCCUGCCAAGAGGAGACAACUCAUGUAGAAACCAAAGAGUGUAGUCAAUCUGAAACUGAAAGUGAAAAGCCAAGUUCACCAUUCUUGGAACAAUUGUUGGAGGUGGACCAAAUUGAGAACGGCCAUACGGCACCAACUGGAAACAAGGGAGACAACCCCGCUGAAAGAGGAAAAACUUUUAUCACUUGUAGGAACUAUCUUAGUGAACAGGGUAUAGAACAGACAGCUCAUAGCUCUCACGAGCAGAAGAUAUUUACAAUACAAGGACCGAUUCCACAAAAGCUAACUCGUGUGACAACAAAAAACGUGUUUCAGCCAUUUAAUGUUGCUAGCAAUGAACACAAUAGGACAUUAGUGCCAUACAGUCCACCGAUUGUGCCACAAGUUAACAAAGGGUACUCACAUUCAUCUUUGCAACGAUCUCACAACAUGAGUUACUUUGUAGGCGGAGAGAUGAGCAUGUUGCCAGGCAACGUGUCUCGAUUGUCUGAGAAGGAGGAGCUGCAAAGACUCAAUGACCGACUCACAUCCUAUGUGAAUCGUGUACGAAUUGUUAGCGACCAAGGCAACCAAAUUGACUCUUCUGCAUUCCUCAAAUCUGCCAAAAUAUUAGAAGAAGAAAUGAACAAUUUGAAAAAUAUUUACGAACAAGAACUUGAUAAACUUCGGAAGGAUAUUGAAAUGACAAGUCGGGAGAAGAACACACUGCAGAUACAGAGCAACAAGCAUCAGCAGGCCGCAGCUGAAAUACAGGACAGACUAAGCGUGGAGAGUGACAAGAGUCGGAAGCUUGUGGAAGAGACGACCUUACUUCAGCGACAGGUCACUGGCCUUGAAGCUCAGCUUCACUCAGCAAAGAUGGCUGCCACCAUGAAAGGCCCGAACAACUCUGAGCUGCUUCAGCGGAACGUCGAGGGCCUCACUCGAGAGAAUGAGACACUGAAACAUCGGUAUGAGGUGGAACAGGUCGCUCGCCAGGAGGCAGAGGACCGCGUCCAACAGCUGAUGAAGAAACUCGAGUUCAACGACCAGGUCAAUGCACAACAUGUCCUUGAACUCCGGAACCGAGUGGAGACAUCAACAGGAACUAUCCUGAGUCUGGAGGCCAAGGUCCGGGAACUCAGCAAGAAUGACACCUCCAUGGGCGAUCUGCUGAAGAGUGUACGAGAAGCCUCUGAAGCGGAGUUCAAGAAAUACCAGAUGGAGUCUGAUGUAGAAUAUAACAGAAAUAUUGCAGCCCUGAGGGUUCAGUUGGACAACGAUGCAGGGACGAUCGAGCGUCUUCAGACAGAGAUGACCCAGCUGGAGGGGUCAGCAGGGGAGAUGAAGGCCAGGGUCAGGUCACUGGAGGGACAGCUGUCAAACAUGGAACACCAGAGGAAGUCCCUCGAGGAUAUGUUGGGAAUAGAACGCAGCCGUUCUGCAGAAAACAUCCGCACCCUGGAGAAGAAGCUACGUGAGGUGCAGGAGGUCCUCUUCACCAAGAUAAAGGAGGCCACAUCCAUACGGGAGGCCAACGUCCCGCUCAAGGCCGAGAUAGAGUCUCUCAAGCUACUCCUGGAGGAAGAGGAGAAGAGACUGCGAGUUCAAGUGAAUGUUGGCACAACACAACCGACCUCUGUGCCCGUGACUUUCGAGAGACCUCUACCCCCUACCGCCUACCCCUACUCAACCUCCCCACCGGCCAUGGGGAACUUCAACACGUCCCUUGCUGCUUCGUCUUCCUACAUCCCAAUCAUGCCACCAACCUACCCCGGAGACCCAAUCUCCUCCACUGCCUUACCGGACUACACCAUACCCCUUGGGACCACCUCACCGUACGAACCGGACUUCACCACAACCCAUAUCCCCAACUAUCUGGACCCUACUGAGCCCACUAUUGAGUUCCCUAUGGCCACCUCCAAGUACAUGUACGAGACGUCGCCCAGUGUGAACCGGUUGCAGGUGGAACCAUCACCUCCUGAAACACCUCGUGGUCCAGUCACCUCACACAAAUAUCAGAGGGCAAAGUCGGCUCCAGUUUCAGGGCCAAGGAGUCACAACCUACCCCUGGUUCCCACCUCCCUGGGGCAGGGCAAGGACUACUUUGAUGAGAUGUUCCAGGACCUACAGAGGGACACUCUCUACAGCUCCCUCCGCCCCAAGAGCAGCCCCCUCGAGCGUCCUCCCAGCUCCACCUACCAUGACUACACCGUUGCAACAUCCAGCCCCAACCACACCAUCGUAGUCAGCCAAUACACCUACAGUGCUAUUGGAGAUGUGAAGAUCAUGGAGGUCCAGCAAGACGGAAAAUAUGUCCGACUCCUCAACGAUGGGGCACAGGAACUGGAGUUCGGAGGCUUCAUGCUGCAGCAGAAUGUGGGCGGCCACCCUGUGGCAGUGUACCGUUUCCCCCCUCGCACCAAGUUCCCAUCCAACUCCACCAUCACUGUGUGGUCAGGGAUGAACGACCCCAUCCUCCACCAGCCUCCCUCGGACUUUGUGUGGAAGGAACAGCAGAAGUGGGGCACUGGACCGGAGUGCACCUCCAUCUUGUGUCGCCCUAAUGGCCAGGCCAUAGCUUGGACGACUGCGGCUCAUCGCUUCACACGUAAUGCUUUCGAAGAUGGGAAGGAUGAGGAACAAGUUCAAGCACUGGAUCUGGUGAAGGAUGACGACCUUGACCUCACACCCAGGGAGGAUGAGUCCUUGACGGAAAUUAACGUUGAUGUUGGAAACAAGCAGGACCAUGUGUACCUCCGCAGAGAGAAGCAGCCACCUCCAUCUCUUUCUGCCCAGCGCCACCCCCACGGGAGCAGCUCCGCCCAAGCCUGUCACCCUCACAAUGGCCAGUCCCGCCCACUCAUGUAUGGCAAUGACAACAGCACCUGGAGUCGUCAGUCCCGACAGCAGUCCACUCGGCCAGAUCCAAUACCUGGUCAACCUUAUGCAGGUGCUGCUGCCCAGAGAAUGGGAAGUGCUCCGCUCCGGAAAUACUUGGCCCAGAGUGCAACAGUGAAAGGAAGUGGAACUGUGGCCAAUCGCUCGGACCCCGGCACAACGUCUCCGCCUCCCAGCCCCUUCAUGAAGCCCCGGUCUCGGUUUCAGCAGGGUCUCACCCAAGUUCAAUCCCAGCACCACCAGUACCUUCCGCCCAUGCCACGCCCGCCACUAUUCUCCGAGUGGUAGCACCAAGUCACAACUCAUCUACAGUGAACCCCCAUUAAUCUGGACACUGUUAUUCUGGAAUCCUUCUUUCCAGGCAAUUACAGCUAGAAUCAGGUCUUAUGGUUUUUAUUAGUUGGUUUACAAACAAUUUGGCUGAAAAUUCAAUGUAUGUAGUCGAAAAAUAAAAUCUGAAAAAUUCAACAAAUAUUUACGACACCAUGUUUCCAAAAGAUCCAGGACAUGGAUGACAAGGGAAGUAACUCGUUUUUCUUUUAAGUUUUUCGUAGGUAAGUUUUGUAAACCAAUUAAAAAAAAUGUAAGGCCUUACUACUUAUUGAUGAUUCGUUUUUCGGGAAAUUUGGAUGAGCUAAUAGUGGAGGUUAUUGGAUUAACAGGGUUUCAAUGUACACAGUGGACAGUUUUAUAAUGCUGUCAGCUAUAAAGAUAUGACUAAGUUCUAUUUUCAGCACUUUCAAAAUUGACUGAAUGUUUACAUUGUUUGAGUUAAUUAAGUUUAUUGAUUUUAAUCAAAA